UCAUCUGUAGAGAGAGAAAACGGUGAAAUGGACGAAGAAGAGCACGAGGUGUACGGAGGAGAGAUCCCCGACGAGGGCGAAAUGGAAGGAGACAUGGACGCUCACAACGCCGACGUCGAUAUGGCCACCAACGACGACGACGCUGUGAAGGAGCUGGAUGAGAUGAAGAAAAGGCUGAAGGAGAUGGAGGAGGAGGCAGCGGCUCUUCGUGAGAUGCAAGCUAAAGUGGAGAAGGAAAUGGGCGCUGUUCAAGAUCCUGCUAGUGCGGCUGUUACUCAAGCAAACAAGGAGGAGGCUGAUUCACGGUCGGUGUUUGUGGGCAAUGUUGAUUAUGCAUGCACACCAGAAGAAGUGCAGCAGCAUUUCCAGUCAUGUGGUACAGUAAACAGGGUUACUAUUCUGACAGAUAAGUAUGGCCAGCCCAAGGGUUUUGCAUAUGUGGAAUUCCUUGAAGUGGAGGCUGUUCAGGAAGCUCUUCUUCUGAAUGAAUCUGAGUUACAUGGCCGGCAAUUGAAGGUUUUGGCUAAGAGGACUAAUGUGCCUGGAAUGAAGCAGUUCCGUCCAAGGCGUUUCAAUCCUUACAUGGGGUAUCGAUUUAGAAGGCCAUAUGUGCCACCUUACUUUUAUUCCCCUUAUGGAUAUGGGAAGGCUCCCAGGUUCAGAAGGCCAAUGCGUUACAUGCCCUACUACUGAAAGAGAUAAGCGGUUGCGGUUAAGACAAUGUCAUUAAAUAUUAGGUGGACGGGUAUAUCAAGACACUUCACUUUUUAAUAUAUGUUCAUUGGGAAGCAAAAUUGCGAAUCUCUUUCUAUCAAUUUGCCUGAUGGGCAUUAUUACUAUUCUGCACUAUCAACUAUAUGACAAGUUGACAACAAAGUUUUAUCAAAUACCUAGUUGACCUUGAUGUUAGACGAUAUAAUUAUGGUGUCUGAGCAUCCUGCUGCAGUGUUAGCUAGCUAUUAAAAUUUUGCA